UCAGCGCUAGAGAUCAUCAAGCCAAGAGUUGACUGAAAUUAACUUGUGCUUAUAUAUAACCAGCAGUGCAUUAUAGUACACUGUUACUGCAGAAUCAUGGACAUGACAACUGGACAAGUGGUGUGAAAAGCCAAUCUUUGCUCGUCAGCUUUCUUUGAGCUCAAGCAUCAGCGUUCCAGUCAGAUUCAACCAAACCGACCGACUAAACUCCUCGUGAUGCUUAUACAAUAAUCAGAUCACGGUGCUAGUUUAUUACACGAUGAUUAAUUACCUCCCAAGAAAUUCCAUCUCAACUUCUCUGAUCGGCUUCGAUGCAUAAAAUAAAGCUGUUGACUUGACCUGAUUACUACAUAUGAACAGUAAUCUUCACUGCCCUGUCCAAAUCAACAACAUUCCAGUGAUGCUACGAUCGACGAGUCCCUUGGUCCUAGUGCUCUUGAUCACUGCCAGUGUUUUGAGCUUGUUGCUCCCAUGUCCGGCAGCCGUCGUAGCGGCGCGCGAGAGCCUCGCCCGGGGCGCCUCCAUCGCCGUCGAGGACUACGCCACCGACCUCCUGCGCUCACCGGGCGGCACCUUCGCGUGCGGCUUCUACCGCGUCUCCUCCACCGUUUUCACCUUCUCCAUCUGGUUCACGCGCGCCAAGGAACGCUCCGUCGUCUGGACCGCCGACCGCACGCGGCCUGUCCACAGCAAGGGCUCGCGCCUCACGCUGGAUAAGCGCAGCGGCGCGCUCGUCCUCACCGACUACGACGGCGAGCCGGUUUGGAACUCCACUGUGGCCGGCGCUCCGACGGCCUCGCGCGCCCGGCUCCGCGACACCGGCAACCUCGUCGUGGAGGACGCCGUCGGGAGAGCGCUGUGGCAGAGCUUCCACUUCCCCACGGACACGCUUCUGCCGACGCAGCGUCUCACCGCGACGACGCGCCUGGUUUCGUCGCGCGACGGCAGGCUGCUCUCCUCCGGCUACUACAGCCUCGGGUUCAGCGACUACGCCAUGCUUUCCCUCUUCUACGACAACGGCAACUUCUCCAGCAUCUACUGGCCCAACCCCUACAACAACUACGUCACCAACAACCGCAGGAUCUACAACUUCACCCGCGAGGCCGCCAUGGACCCGCUCGGCAAGUUCCUCUCCAGCGACAACGCCAACUUCGAGGCGGCUGACCUCGGCGCCCCCGGCGUCCGGAGGAGGCUGACACUCGACGCAGACGGCAACCUCAGGGCGUACAGCCUGGACGCGGCGACGGGGGCGUGGGCGGUGUCGUGGAUGGCGUUCCGCAACCCCUGCACCAUCCACGGCGUGUGCGGCGCCAACGCGGUGUGCCUGUACGCGCCGGCGCCUUCGUGCGUCUGUGCCCCCGGGCACGAGCGCGCCGACCGGAGCGACUGGAGCAGGGGCUGCCGGCCCACUUUCCGACAGCACGAGUGCGGGAAGCCGAGGCGGACGCCGACGAAGCUGAUGGCACUGCCGCACUCCGACUUCUGGGGCUACGACCUCAACGACGGCGAGAUCAUGCCCUUCGCGGUGUGCGCCAAGAAGUGCCGCACCAACUGCGCGUGCGUCGCGUUCCAGCACAAGUUGAACAUGGAGUGCUACCUCAAAAGCGUCCUCUUCAACGGCAGGACGUUCCCCGGCUUGCCGGGGACGGUGUACAUCAAGGUCCCGGUCGACUUCGUCGUCCCGGAGUAUGGCAUCCACCAAUGGCAAGCGCACGUACGCGGUGGCCUUGGCAUCCUUGAGGAGAAUAUCACCGGCUGCGGCGACGUCGCUGCUCCAGAGGUCCUCCUCAACGCCUCCUCCUUGUCACACAAGCACGUCAGUGACGCCGCGGGGAAACCGGUGUGGCCGUACCUGUACGGGUUCCUGUCGGCGUUGCUCGUAGUGGAGGCCGUCGUCAUCGGGCUCGGCUGCUUGCUCUUCUCCAGGAAGGGACUGUUCAGGCGGUCUUCCUCUCCGGUGUACCCCAUGGACGAGGGCUACAGACUCAUCCUCCUCACCACAAGCUUCCAGAGAUACAGCUACGCCGCGAUCAAGAAGGCCACGGGGAACUUCGCCGACGAGAUCGGACGCGGCGGGUCUGGAGUGGUGUACAGGGGCGUUCUCGACGACGGCCGGGUCGUGGCCGUCAAGGCGCUGACGACGAGCGUGAGCCGCUCCCACGGGGAGGAGGAGUUCCAGGCGGAGCUGAUCGUGAUCGGCAGGAUCUACCACAUGAACCUGGUGAGGAUCAUCGGCUGCUGCUCCCCAGGCAAGCACCGCAUCCUCGUCUCCGAGUUCAUCGAGAACGGGUCGCUCGCCACGAUGCUCUUCUUGGACGAAGACGGCCGCGAUGGCGGCGACCACGACGUCCUCGGGUGGAGCCAGCGUUUCCGGAUCGCCGUCGGCGUGGCCAGGGGGCUCGCCUAUCUGCACAGCGAGUGCCUCGAGUGGAUCAUCCACUGCGACAUGAAACCGGAGAACAUAUUGCUGGACCGUGACCUGGAGCCCAAGAUCACCGACUUCGGGCUCGCCAAGCUGCUGGACCGCCGCCCCGAGGGGUCCGCCUCCCGCGGAGGGCGGGAGGCGAACCCGUCGCGGCGGAUCAGGGGGACGAGGGGGUACAUGGCGCCGGAAUGGGUGUCGAGCCUGGCCAUCAGCGACAAGGUCGACGUGUACAGCUUCGGCGUUGUGCUGCUGGAGCUGGUGAAAGGGGUCAGGGUGGCGGACGGCGACCAGGAUACGGAUGUCAGGGCCGUGGCCAAGGCUGUGGGCCAGAAGAUGCGUUCCGGCAGCGUAGAGGAUCUUGUGGAUGACCGGCUCGCCGGGGACUUUAACCGCGCGCAGGUGAAGGUGGUGGUUGGUGUUGCCUUGUCGUGCUUGGAGGAAGAGAGGAACCGGCGGCCGAGCAUGAGCGCGGUGGUGCAGGCGCUCGUCUCCGUUGAAGAUGCGUGAACCAAAGGUGAUCUGCGCCCUUCUCUUUGGAACAGAUGACGAUAACGGUAUUCUUCGGAAACUCCAAAAAAUAUUGUGCUACCAAAAGUGCACAUCACCUACAUGUAAAAAAAAAAAAAUUACACGUCACCUACCGUAGAAUUUGUGGCGGAAAGAGUAUGGACUGUACUAGCUGUCAAACUAAACGUUUUGUCUUUACUAGCAAAUAGCAAAAGGGCCCGUGCGUUGCAACGGAA